UUGUUCUUCUUUAAUUCAACACGUUGAAGUGUAUGGUUGAAACAUCUGUAUCUCUUACAUAACACCUCCAUCGCUCUCACCAUAAAUCUUCUUCCUAUUACUUCACUAAGUAAAUGUAUUUUGUUCUUCAUCCAAAUCUCUUCACAACACUUAGCUUCAAUAUGACCAACCUGUUCGCUAUGUUUCUCAUCAUCACUACUUUAACUGCCGCCGGACUCUGGUCUCCUCCUCCUCCUCCGCAAAAUGUUAUCGUUAAAGAAGGCCAUCGAGUCGUUGUGGUCGAGUACGACGACCAAGGUCAACACAAUACUAAAGUUUCCAUCUCUUCCGAACCCGACCUAGAUGCCAAAAAUUCCGGAAGACACCGCACCAAAGAUCUUAUUUGCGAUGUCUACGGAAAAUGUAAGCAUAAAGUAGCCAGUGCUGUGGAGAAAGCUAAAGUCAUGGUUACGGAGACGGCGCAAGAAGCCCACGACGUUGGAGAGUCUGUCGCCGGUGCAUUUGAUGAAGCCAAAGACAAACUGAAAGAGGGUGCGAAGGAAACAUUUGGUGAAGCCAAAGACAAAUUGAAAGAGGGUGCGAAGGAAACAUUGGAAAUGGCGAAAUCAAGAGAAGAAAAGGUUGUGAAAGGUGCUGAACGGGUGGCAAAGGAAACAGGGGAGAAGAUCCAAACAGGGGAAAACAAGCUGAAGGAGAAUUUGAUGGGUUUAGUUGAUAGAGGAUUUAAGGUAAUGAAUUAUUUAUUUAGGCACUUGGGUGUUGGUAUGGAUGCGUUGGGUUUGUUGGGAUUUGCAAUGGCUUUAGGAAUGGGUGUGUGGGUUACCUUCAUUUCUAGCUAUGUGUUGGCGAGUGUGCUGCCAAGACAACAGUUGGGUGUGGUACAGAGCAAGAUAUAUCCUGUGUAUUUCAAGGCCAUGGCUUCUUGCAUUGGGAUGGCUCUGUUGGGGCAUCUAUUCAGCCGCACCGAAUGGAAGUUUCCAAUUCCAAAAAAUAGUGAAGUGGUUCAAGGAUAUGUUCUUGUGGCUGCACUUCUGAUGAUUUUUGCCAAUUCUCUCUACAUGGAGCCUCGAGCCACUAAGGUAAUGUUUGAGAGAUUAAAAAUUGAGAAGGAAGAAGGAAGAGGAAUCGAGGACAUAGGCAGGGAAGAAACUGUGAAUGUGAUUGAUAAUUCUCCAGCAAUAACAAGUAGCACACCCACACAAAUUGUAGAUCGAGAGGUGGUGAAAUCCAGAAUAGUGGGGUUGAAUAAGAGGCUAAAGAAGUUGAAUUCAUAUUCGUCAUUGUUGAACUUGCUCACUCUGAUGGCUCUUACUUGGCAUCUUGUGUAUUUGAGCCAGCGUUUAUGCAAUCCCUGCUAAUACAGCAAACAAUGUUUCUUUCCCUUGCGUUAUAUUAGGAUGAUGAUGUGCAUAUUAUUAUAUUUUACUUCUUUGAUGUACAAAAAUCAGCAAUGUCUAACUUAGAUUAGGAGGAUUAUCUAAUGUAAUUUCAGAUGGUUUUUUUGUUCUGUU